UGCAGGCGCAACUGCAGUAUCCUGUGCAAAAGUAUCGUACUCGUAGUAAUCGCAGUCAUGCAUUAAUACAAAUCUGCUUCCCGCCAAGGCAAAUCAGCAUGACAAAUUCCAUUUGUCAUGCUGAGCGAAUUUGUAGUGCAAUUACUACUACUAGUAAAGUACGAUACUUUUGCGAUUCAUAUGCAGGAGAAGGAGGAGUUUUUUCAGCUGCAGACCAAAGAGCUCCGCGCCGAGCUGGAAAAGCUAGAAACUGCCGUGAAGGAAGGAGGAAAAAAAUGCAAGCAGUUAGAGGAUAUGCAUUCGCAAAUAGUAUCGAAGAUCUGGGAGUUGGGAUGAAACUAAUCAUGCUAGUGUGCUUUCGUGAAGAAUUACUUAUGGUAGAAAGCAGCCUCCGACUUGGAGCCAUGCAUGUAUGAUGUCAUGAUCCGCAACUACGCGCUUGAAGAAAAAUCGCGUUUCUGCAUGACAAACAAAAGGCACUGCUUCGCGAUAUGCAUGACAGGUUCUUUUUCAUCCCUCCUGUCAGCCAAGCAUGCAUCCUUGUAGGAACAACACCCAGACUACAUAUCUUUUGCACUUGAUAGAGGAAGACAAAGACAUUUUGAAGAUCGAACUGUCCGACAAAAUUCAACUUCUGGAACAGGAGCUCACGAAGGAGAAAAUCGAAAACGUCAAGGCGAAAGGAGAAAACGAGCGGUGCAAGAAGGAGCUAGAUUCGAAUAAGGAAUUGGUGAAAUUGCAGAUCGAAAACUUGGAAAUUCUUCACAGUAAGCAAAAGAACGAGGCGGUGAACGCAGUGAAGGACCCCCUGGAGAAAGACAUUUCCGACUUGAAACACCAGCUGGAAAAAAACAAAGAAGUUCUAGCUCAAACAGAACAAAGCGAAACGCUGCUUCGGGACGAAUUAAGCGGGUUCAAGUCGAAUUUUGUGAAAUUAGAAGAGGAGAAAAGAAGGCUCGAGGAGGAAAAGCGAGCGGCGUCGAAGGCAAAAGCCGCGACGCUGUUGGUGAAACGCGUCGACCAGGGAACUAGUCCGCGAUGGAAGAGUUUCCAGAAAGACCAGG